AUGUACGAGCGAGCGCCUCCUCGCCGAAAGAAAACGGACAUAUGCGAUCAGCGCAAGCCUUCCUGCGGCACGUGCUUGAGGUUGAAAAGGUCUUGUGAGCCGCCAUCCCCAAGGCUGGAGUUUCGAUAUGUCCAGCCAUUCUCCAGUGGGCCAAGGUGGGAAUCGACUCGCGACAGAGAUGCCCUCACUGUGCCCCACUUUGACGUCGGUGUCGAGACUGUCGAGACCAUCUGCGAGCCACCCUCGCGUACAUUUGAUGAUGUCUCUGCUUCGGAUUCCAAAGAGCUGGACGCCGACGAAAAUGCUCUUCUUCGCAUGCCUUCGACCUUAUCGCCGCAUCGGGAUUCCCUCGCCGCUGCGCGUUUUUAUCUGAAUGUUUGGAAGGCACAAUGUCUUCCGACCCUUCCCGCGGAACUCCAUCAUCUCGAAAGACUUGCAUAUCGCUCCUUCGUAAUAGUCGACAUGAUGACCGCCCUGUCAGCAUGCCGUCUUAGUCGAAAUUUGCCUCAGCGAAGGCUGAUACGCCAAUCUGCCAGCAGCCUUGGAUCGUCUUUCCGGCCGGAUAAGGAGCACGAAUCACUUGGUUGCCAGCAUUAUGGAGCUGUGAUACACCAGGUUGCCAGGUGGGAUAAUAAUGAGUUCGCCACGGAUCCCGUAUUUGGCCUGACAUUCAUGGUGAUGUUCUGCUUAAUUGCGGCAUCGAUGGGUAGUUUUGCCGAAUUCCGGCUUCAUUCCAACGCUCUCAAGAACCACAUCCAGAUCCACGCUUCUGACCUCAUACGCAACGGCUUAGGGUUAUUGGCGACGUGGACCGACGUAGAGAUGCAGACCUGGUGGCGGCGAGCGUAUUUCAGUCGACCAAACUUCCACCGCCACCAUGGCAGUCUAUCGUUAGAUCCCCAAAUUGAAGCGGCCCUCAUCACAGCUGGAAAACGUCGAGCGACAGUUUCGGUGAUCAUCAGCGAGUCUCAUCGCCUGAACACGGCAGCCAUUGUUUCUUGCCGCACGUGGGAGGAUGAUGACGGCGAGCGAGACAACAUACCGUCUUGCCCAAGUCAGGUCAUGUCGAUGGGACACUACACGAGGCUGCUCAGUCUAGAGUCGGACAAAUUGGAUGCAUGGCUUGCUUCCGUACCUCUAUUGGAGCUUCCUCUUUCCACUCCAGUACCCGAGCAAACUGUUGCUCAGAUAACGCACGGCGGGUUGUUCGUUGAACCAUUACGAUUCCAGACCCAUGACGCGGCCAUGAACUUUGCGUACUACGUUGUUGCGAGAAUCAUGCAAUGCAGUGCUCCCUUGAUGGCUCUCGAUACCAAUGAGUGUUCGUUCGAUCUGGACGUGGACUAUGAAAAUACAGAGUCGUGGGUCCUUACGCUCCUUCGAAUCGCUGCUGGACUGGAUUGGAAAGAGUGCGUUCGCACAAAUGUCUUCACCAUUGGCUUGACAUCUCUUCUUCUCGCCGCUGCACUUCAAUCUCGCUCUCUUGCAGUCGGCGAGUGGAUGCACAACUGGCUGGAAGAAAGACUGACCGGUGAUGCGUUUGAGGAAGCCAACUUCCCCAUCUUUCAAGCGCUGGACAUUCUUCGUUUGAUCAAUCGAGAGAGGACCGCAGGGUGGGACGUUCUGGCCCUGUUUCAAACCGUGGACGACGGUGGCGGUAAGGGCAAAUUUGGCUCAUAUCAUAGCCAGGCGAUUACCGCUCUCUGGGUUUAUGGAAGAUGUCGAAAGACGGAGAAGUUGUGCAAGCCACGUGCCAAAGACAUCAAGUGGAUGAGGUCGUCUAUACUCCCAGAUCUGUGCUGGAAACCAUUUCUGGUUAGUCUUGCGAGCCGUAGCCUGAUUGUACCUUCCAAAUUGGGAGCGCGGGAACGAUACAUUUUCUGA